AAGCGCACCGUGUUCACCACGACGACCACCCUCCCAGCGACCAUCCCCCGCGAAACCGUCAUCGAUACACUACAUAAUCACCAGGAAAUGAUCGAGCUGAAUCCGUUGGUGAUCCGCUACUCCCGCUGCCAACCGACGCCCUCCGCUCCGGACGAGGAACGCGCCUCUAGCUGGGCCUGGUACGAAUUGACGGACCGCAUCAAGUUCUUGCCCGGGAAAUGGUUUCGCGGGAAAAUCAGCUACAAAGGAAGUUUUCGGGAUCUGCCCGGUGGACUCCGGACACAUGUUUAUGCGCCGACGGGAGUGGACAUUCGGGCUACUUGGAGUGUUGAGGGGAAUAAAGAGGGGGGCGAGGGGGAAGGACACGAGGAAGGCCAGGCGAGUUCCGAUGCAACAGCCAUGAAUGACGGUCUUCAUGGUCAAGGCUUGUACCUGCGCGAAGAGGUUGAUCUGCGAUGUCCAUUCUGGUCGGCUGGGUUUGUCAAAAGGACGAUGCGGCGGUCGCAUGGAGUCCUGGUGGAUCGGCUUAUUGGCAAGGCG